AAGCAAAACAAGUGUGCAUACAUAUUUUUAGAUUUUUUAGACCAGAAAAUUCAUUAAAAUAGAGAUGACACUUCUGUAAAAUUGUUUAUAUACAAGGGAAGCAAACGACAGAGGUAACUAAAUUAUCUGUUCUUUGGUUAAAAUCAAUAAAAUUCCAGGUGAAAAUCCUCGCUUUUCUUCACAGACAUAUCAAAUUAGCAUGAAUGAGACCGGAGUUUCAAGAGAAGGCAUGGUUCGGGACAGACUUGCCGAGAUGCAGGCCAAGAGCGCCGAGGUGGGGGAAAGCAAGCAAAAGAAGAAAGAAAGCAAUGGAACACCACUGUUAAAUUCGGAGGAACAACUUGAAGAAUGCCUCAAAAGGGUCACAGAGAUUGAUAACAAGAUAAAAACUAUGAAAGAUGAAAUUGAACAAAUGAAAAAGCUACAGAAAAAUAUCAUUUCCAAUCCAUUAAUUGAUAAAAAAGAAGUGAAAAAGCUGGAACAGACUUCAGAUAAAGUGUUUAACACCUCGUCAAAACUCCAGAAAGAGAUUACAGAGUACAGAGCUGAGUUUGCGGGAAUGCAUAUGGACAACACCCAUGAGAGAAUGAUAAGGACUCAUUUAGACAGGUUAGGGAGUGAUGUCACAAAGGCCAUGAAUGAUUUUAGGGCAGCACAGUUGGAAUAUAUUGAGAAGACGCAGAAAUUACAUCACAGGAAGUAUGAAAUUGUCACAGGAAAUGAAGCCGGAGGAAGUGCUACUGUCGAUCCUAGUAAUAUACAAGCUGUAUUUGCUGGUGAUUACUUUGCAGAAGCUCAAAAAGCGAAGAUGGAGCUGCGUGAGAUUGAAUCCAGAGAUAUGGAAAUUAAGAAAAUUGAAAACAGUGUUAUACAAGUCAAUCUGUUGUUUAAAGAGAUAAAUGCUCUUGUAAUGGAGCAGGGUGAAAAGAUAGAUAACAUUGAGAAACAUGUUGAAGAAGCUGUAAAUUAUGUAGAAUCAGGAAAUGUUCAAUUGACACAAGCUAGACAAAGUCAGUCAAAGGCAAGAAGGAAGAAGAUCUGUUGUAUUGGAGUUCUGGUAGCGAUUCUUCUCAUUGCAGGAGUUAUUAUAACUAUCGUGACUGUAUCACAGAGUGAUAGCAAGUAAAAGCAUAAGAUUUUGCAGAGAAAGUGAUUUUUAAGUGAAAAUUGUGAUUUUUUAGGAACAAGUUCGACUAUUCGAAGUAAAGUGUUAUUUUUUAAAGAAAAGUGCUAUUUGCAAUCUGAGUGUCAUACUUAAUUUUUUAUGCACUUUAAACUAUUGGAUAGCAAUGAAAUUUUAUUUUUCUUAAAAGGCGUUUUAUAAUUAAUUUCAUUAUAUAAUAGAAGUAUUUAAACUGUAUUAUAAAUUGAUGCCUAAAAAUCACCAAAUAACCAAAGGAUGGCACAAGUUUUAAUUCCUUCAGUUUUUUUUCCUUUUGAAUUUUUGGAAAAAGUUUGUUAUUUAAUACUCAGAUAUUUAUAUAUCUGGUGAGAAAACUAACUUGUUUCCAUUUUGUAGGAGCAUUUUCACAGACUGAGGUUUAAAUAUAUACCAGUAUACAUCACUGGUUAUUUAGACUGUUGUGCAACAAACCCGAGCUCAACAGUCCUAAUAGGACUCACUCUUCAAUAUACUUGUACUGUAAAAUUGUUGUAGAGAAGAUGUAUCACUCAAAAAGGACGAUUAUGGUGUAAAAAGUAUACAUAACAGCUUUCACUGUUAUUACCUCAUGGUUUAUAUGAAUGAUAAGUCAUCAUUUUUUUUUUCCAAACUUUGUCAGGCCUGCACAUCGGGUGAAAACAAUUUUAACUGUUGCCCUUGAUAAUGAAUUGUUGUGCAACACAGAUCUGAUUUUCUUUGGUUAUUUUUCAGAUUGUUCAACUGUUGUUACACAUGUUAAUUUCUUUCAGAACUUAAUAGGCAUUUUCAGAAAUAACUGAGUAACAACAGAGCUCUUUCUUGGGUUUUUAAGAACAACAUUGCAUAAGGGUAACCGUAAUAGUAAACACAUAUAUAAUGGCUUGCUGAUUGAUAGCAAAAUCUAUUGCCCAUGGUCCAAAUGACCGAGGGUUAAUAGUUUUGACUACUGAUCAGUGAGUCAUUCAAUAAGUGUUUUACUACAUUACAUGAUGUCACAAAUAAAUUUCAGUUACUUAGUUUUUCAAGUCUCGGCUCUAGCAAAAAAUAAAUGGCGUUGAAUAUCAUACCAGUCACAUAACACAAACUAUGGACCGCCAGUUAAUAGUAAGAGUUGUGUAUUAAUUUCAAUUUUGUCACAAAAUUCCCAUAAAAUAAUCAAAUACUGUCUCUUAUAAUAAACUGCCAUAGAAUAUAUCAAAAGCUGAACAACAUUUGUCAUUUAUAGAAAAUUUACCAGUUUCCUUUUGAAAUGAAAAAGAGAAAGAAAUUUUUUUCAUCAUUAAUAUUAUUCAGAUAUUUCACGAAAAAUUCAAACAUUACAUAAAUUUUUGCAUGUAACUUUUAUUUAAUUCUUGGAACUAUUAAGUACACGUAACUAUUGAAUCUUUAUAUUAUUUGAGUCUGUGUUGUUUUUAUUUUUAAGCUGAUCUGAAGGCUUACAGUACAGCUAUUGUGGAAUGUGCAAGAGCUGUCUUUCGUCAUCUGAACCAAAUAUUCUGGUGAGCUUUAGUAAUUUAUAGGUCCUUCAUCUGCAGUAACUGUUACAACUGUAGAGGCUAAAACUUGGUCAGAAUGUUCGCUUCUAUAAAACCUUGCACAUGUACUGUACUGUGGUGUCUGUUGUUAAAAAUUAGGUUUCUAGGUCAAUCCUGUUUAAUCCUGGAAGAAAUAUUUUCUAAGCAAUCUAUAUCAAACCAGGUCAAAAUGUUUGUCUGUAAAUCAUGAACAAAAUUUUCUGUGAUGGACCUUUUGGUCUGAUUUUUGACCAAACAGAAUUUCAAACUUUACUUACAUCUCAUCAAGUCAAACUAUCUGACCAGUCUUCAUACUGAUCAGGUGGCUGCCAUAGAAAAAACAUUGUUUUUCUUUAAUCUGGCCAAGUGGCUUAGAUAAAGACUCAGAUUUUAACUCCAGCUAGAAAAACCUGUUUAUUGACUUGACACUAUAUUUAUACCUAAUCUACUUUAAAAAACAUUUAAGACAUGUGCAUUGGUGUAUUAAAAUGUAACAGAAAUUUAUCUCUGAAUUUCAUAAAGCCGUUUUCUUCCCAACAUAAUGACUGGGACGUCAUGACAUUUGGUGUGAUGUCAGAGUAAUCGAUGUUUUGUUGCAGAGGUUGGUUAAAAUGAUUGAAAAGACGUGAAAUAAAAAAAAGUUUGAUAAUAAAAGUUUUAUUUUAAAUGUCAGAUCAGAAUGUCUCUCACCUAUGAACAUUUACUGGUAGAUUUAUAGUUUCACUUGCUGCUGCACGUGUCAAAAUAUUGCAUCAGAUGUUCACUAAGUGUAAGAUAUUUCAAUCUUAACUGAAUCAAACAAAAAUUCUUUGUAAUAUGUCAAACUGUUUGAAAAUUAAAUAAAAUAGGCGAGGAUGUUAAAAGGUAUGAUUACCUCCCUUAGACCACAUUUCAUCAUUGAUAACUUCUGAAUUUAAAAUGCUGUGGCAGUGCUAAUCUUAUGCAAUAUAAUAUUAUAAACUUUUUAUUGAAUGUACUCAGUAAUUCUAUUACAUUCCAGCAUAUUAAGUAAAAUUAAUGGUAUUAUGAAAAAAAAGAUAAUUAUGUCUAAAUAUUAUUCUUUUAUUUUAUUAUUUCUUGCUUGCUUAGCUUAAGUGCACUUACCGGUAUAUAUCACUUUAAACAUUCCAUGAAAAUCAGGCAAGAAAUCUGCAUACAAUUGUUGUUAAUUUGUUCAUACUUUCUUCACAGUUACAUGUAUAUUGAAUUUUGUAAUAAAUUUCGUAUUAUUUACCAA